UCCAAUGCCUUCAGUUGCAUAAAAUCAGUGCAGUCCUGUGCAGGUUCCUGUCACAUGAUAUGAAGAGUUGGAGGACAUCGAUGGUGCUUUGUUGCGGGAACAGUACGAUCAAGACAAGGCUUAUGCAGAUCAGGAGGGGUAUUUUCCAAGGUGACUCACUUUCUCCACUUCUCUUCUGUAUGGCUCCCAAUCCUCAGAGCAAGGAGCUGAACAAAACCGGUUAUGGCUACCGGAUGACUACUGGGCAUGGUGAGACUUUCAAACGUCUGCUCAUCAAUCAUCUACUUUACAUGGAUGAUCUGAAGCUGUAUGGCAGAAACUCUGAUCAGUUGGAUGGGUUGUUUCACGUGGUUCGUACCUUCUCUGAUGACAUGCAGAUGAAGUUUGGUUUGGACAAAUGUGCUGUUGCACACUUUGUCAACGGCAGGCUAUCUGGACACAACUUUGGAGUGACGGUAGGAAAAACGGACACCAUCAACUGUCUGGAGCCGAGUUAAGUCUACAAGCACUUGGGUGUGGAUGAGAGUAAAGGUAUUCAGCACAGCAUGAUGCGGGAGACACUCCGUCGUGAGUACUUCCGCAGAGUGAAGGUGGUUCUCCGGACUGAUUUGUAUGGUGGAACAAGAUUCUAGCCAUCAAUGGGUUUGCACUACCGUUUCUCACCUAUGGUUUUGGAGUCAUUCAUUGGGGGUGCAUGGACCUGCAGCAGCUCGAUCGACGGACCAGAAAGCUCCUCUCUAUGCACGGUGUCCUCCAUCCUGCUGCAGACGUUGACCGAUUGUACGCUCCUUGCAGUAAUGGGGGUAGGGGGUUACAACAGAUUGAGUCGACAUAUCAAUCUUGUAUUGUGAGGCUGAACGGUUCCUUGCUGACAGUUCUGAUUCUUUCAUGCAGAUGAUACGAGAGUGUGACUCCGGAAAAUCUUCACACUAGAUCAAGCGCAUUAUUUUUCGCUUUACUGCACAGCUACAGAUGAGUCUUACUUCGGACGACCAG